AGAGAGAGAGAGAGAGGCAUGGGCAAUCCGCCAAACGCUGACGGAAGCUGCUUAGCGCAACCAGUUGCCAUGGAUACAGUCAGGGGCAGCACCUUGUGUGUGAGGAAAAAAAGAGAGCGAGAGAGAGAGAGGGAGAGGGAGGGAAAACCAACAGGCAAGCGUCAGACAGAACCAGUGAGGAAGUGAGAGAACACCAUGCUGCAGGAGAGAGGGAGAGUGAGAGAGACAGAGGGAGAGUGAGAGAGACAGAGGGAGCGUGAGAGAGACAGAGGGAGACAGCCAGAGCAAAAGAGUGAUAGAGUGAUAGCUAGAAGAUGGAGGUUCAGUCAGAAUGCGUUGAGCCUCCUCCACCUCCACACGAUCCCCAGCCACCAGGGAAGAUCAACAAAGCAGCCUUCAAGCUGUUCGGAAAACGACGCUCCGGAAUGGCUGGAUUCUUCUCUUUCAGGAACAAAGGGGUCAACAGGAAUGUGAAUUCUGUGGGGGCUACUAACGAGCUCGUCAGGAGUAAAACGCAUGGCGGACUAACGAGCUUGGAACCAGACGGACAGAGAGGGGAGGAGUCCGGAAUAUCAGAGGCGGGACAGGUGAGGUCUCUCAGCAAAUCACUGAGCUUCUUUUCGCUGCUCAGACGAGGAAGUGUGAGAGUCAAUGAGAAUACAGGGUUUGGGAGAAGGGGGAGGGGUUUAAAAGGCUUCUUCAGUAGUAUGAAAUGGCGGCGGAAGGAGAACGUGAUGGCGGGAGAGGGGGAGGUAGCGGAGGUGAGAGAGGGGGAAGUGAUUCUAACAGAAGAAGUGAAAGACAUCACUCUGACCCUCGAACCCCAGCCCCGCCCGCUCCUGGAGGAUCAUGGUAGCUCGGAGGCUGAGAAAAACACAGAAUCGGCAGGAACCUCUCCCUCCAACAACGCCACGACACCACUUACGCAAUCAAUCGCCUUGACGACAAACCUGUCAGAAUCCCUCUAUACGCCAUCCCCCUCCCCUCUCCGCACCUUUCUCCACUCAAAACCCAAAACGUCAAUUUCCUCUGUAACGGCCAUCCCCCCUCUGGAUCAGUGUGACCCCCACUCCGAACCCUCAGUGGACCGGCUCUGUUCAGUCCUCUUCACUGACGUCACUUCACUCAAGAGCUUCGAUUCACUGACGGGGUGCGGUGACAUCAUCGCAGACGCAGAGGAGGAGGGGGCAGGAAACGGGGGAGGAGGAGUAGGAAGUGCUACUAGCAGUAGCACUAGUAGUGGGGAAGGAGGAGGAGUACGAAGCUCCAUUAAUACCCAUGUCACCCCUUCUACCUCUACCUCCGCUACUGCCUCUACCCCUGGCCCCCUCCCUGCCAGAGCACGGUUGAUGCCCUCUCACUCUGCCCCGACUCAGCAGCCCUCUGGCAGCGGCGUGGUGGCCUACAUGGGGGGUGGGGAGGAGAUGGCCAGCCCUGACGGGGUGGAUGACGCAGACAUGCAGGGGCUCUGGCACAUGCUCCCCUCUGGGGGAGAAAACUCCCCCACUUUCCUCCGAUCCAACUCUCACCUGGCUCCCCCGAGGGGUACAGAGCGGAAAUUCACCCAGGUCAAGUCUCUGGGACUCAGCAAGAUCCCCGUAGUGGGGGGAGGGAGGAAGGGUGACUAAACUCCCCACUCACGCCUCCCACCCCAACAGGAUGUCCCGGCUCUUAGGGAUGAGGGCUACUGGGAUACGCCCUCUGCAACCCCCACGGCAACGCCUGACAACGGCUUCCUGCGGAACCAAAGGCUUGGCCUAUUGUGUGACAGCUGCUCUGGCGAUGCGCUCUACGACCUCUACAACGAGGAAUUGGAAAGAUCUGAUGACGAGGAAGAGGAAGAAGAUCUGAUGAGUACUCCUUCCACCUCCGCAUGUGAGUACAAACUCAGCCCUCUGGCCCGGACUACUCCUCCUUUCUCCUCCUCCUCUUCCUCUUUCCACUCGAUGAAGGGAAGCACUAGCCUUCCCCGCGAGUCCAAAAUCCCUCUUAGUGUCAGACAGACCACACCCCCUCACUCUGUGAGCCAAUCAGCUAUUUCCUUUGUCCACGCAACCGCUCCUCCCUCUGACACACCCACCCAUGCCCCUCUCCCAGCCCGGACCAGAAUCCCUGUCUCCAAGGUGCCAGUCCGUCGCCCUGGGAACAAGGCCGGCAACACUACACAGGGGCCAGCCCCCAGGAAGUAGCUUUGGACCAGGCAGCCAUGAACUUUGGUGUCUUUGGACUGAACCUGUGUACACCAUCACUGGUCUUAUGUUUAAGACUUUGCUGGACUGGUGGGUUGUGGAAGGCAUCAGACAAUGAUAGACAGAAGAGCUCUAAGCAACACUCCCAUUGGAUCCUAGUGGGUCACAACAAAACUAAAUAAUCUUUGGGUGGCAAAGAAAGUUUGACAUACUUUAACCACUGGAGGUGUGUGUACAACAUCACUGGAGGUGUGUGUACAACAUCACUGGAGGUGUGUACAACAUCACUGGUCGUGUGUGUACGACAUCACUGGUCGUGUGUGUACGACAUCACUGGAGGUGUGUGUACAACAUCACUGGUCGUGUGUGUUCAACAUCACUGGAGGUGUGUUCAACAUCACUGGAGGUGUGUUCAACAUCACUGGAGGUGUGUUCAACAUCACUGGAGGUGUGUACAACAUCACUGGAGGUGUGUACAACAUCACUGGAGGUGUGUACAACAUCACUGGAGGUGUGUACAACAUCACUGGAGGUGUGUACAACAUCACUGGAGGUGUGUACAACAUCACUGGAGGUGUGUACAACAUCACUGGAGGUGUGUACAACAUCACUGGAGGUGUGUACAACAUAACUGGAGGUGUGUGUACAACAUCACUGGAAUUAUGUGUAUGGGAAACAUAUAUAUUAUGUGUAUAAGAAACUUGGCAACUCUUCAAGUGGGGGAAGAGAGCGCACAGAAAAGUUUGGGAUCCACAUUUUUAGACAACUCUCAUCGCUUCCUGAACAGAUUUUUUCAACACUCAUCGCUUCCUGUAAAUGUUGGUCAUAUAAAUCAACAGCACUACACACCGCUAGGAAGGACCAGAGCACCUUUCACACUGCUAGGAAGGUCCAGAGCACCUUUCACACUGCUAGGAAGGUCCAGAGCACCUUUCACACUGCUAGGAAGGUCCAGAGCACCUUUCACACCACUAGGAAGGACCAGAGCACCUUUCACACCGCUAGGAAGGACCAGAGGACCUUUCACACUGCUAGGAAGGUCCAGAGCACCUUUCACACCACUAGGAAGGACCAGAGCACCUUUCACACCGCUAGGAAGGACCAGAGGACCUUUCACACCGCUAGGAAGGACCAGAGGACCUUUCACACCACUAGGAAGGACCAGAGGACCUUUCACACUGCUAGGAAGGUCCAGAGCACCUUUCACACCACUAGGAAGGACCAGAGCACCUUUCACACCGCUAGGAAGGAACAGAGGACCUUUCACACUGCUAGGAAGGACAAGGGCACCUUUCACUCUGCUAGGAAGGUCCAGAGCACCUUUACCUUUUCUCUUCAAGUCCUUUUUUCUAAAAGACAGAUUUUAUAUGAUACAACGUGUUUAAUCUAACAACAGUCUAAUAUAAUUAAACAGUUUGGAAUGUGUCAUCAUCUAAUCUGUAACUAAUUACCUCCUAAUCCCAGACUCCGAUCCUUAAUCUGUCAUUUUGUCAUGCCAUUUAGCAGACAUUUUUAUCCAAAGUGAUUUACAGUAAUGCAGGUGGGAGGAGCUAUAUGAGGGAGGGCUCAUUGUAAAGGCUGGAAUGGAAUUAAUGGAACGGAGUCAAACAUGUUACUUUUCCUGUGAUACCAUUCCAUUUAUUCCAUUGAGCCCAUCCUCCCACCAUUUAUUCCAUUGAGCCCAUCCUCCCACCAUUUAUU